UGUUUACAUUUUUGUUGUUGCGUCACGCGGUUCCGGCAUUUCAUUAUCCAAGGCUUUUUCUACGACUUUCUGGAAGGCUCGGGAAGUUAUAUAUGAAAAAAAGGCUUUCUGGAAGGCUCGGGAAGUUAUAUAUGAGAAGAAAAUAUGUCUGAUACGGAGAAGAAAGGGUCUGCGGAAAGCCAACAAGUCACCGUGGUUAGAAAUGCGACGGAUCUCCAGCGACUCAAGUUGGAGAAGUUGAUGAAAAAUUCGGAAAAACUCGCAUUCAUCCCUGAUCGACCCAAAGACAAGAAGUUCUCUGACCCAGCCGAGUUUGUGCGCAAUGUUAUGGGCUCAAGCGCUGGAGCUGGCAGUGGCGAAUUCCACGUCUAUCGGCACAUCCGGCGCAGGGAGUACGCCCGUCAAGAAUUCCUCAAUCAGAUGAAGGACAAGGAUAAUCUGAACCAUGAAUACCAUGAAAAAAUUGAGGAGAAUCGUCGCGCUUUAGAAGCCAAAACCGCCAAGAAAAGAGCAAAGAGGCAACGGCAGAAAGAGAAACAGGCGGCAAAGAGACAAAAGAUGAAGGAGAUGAAAAAGAAGGGAAUAACUGUCGAAAAACUGAGCUCGUCCUCGGAAAGCAGCGAAGAAGAGGAGGAAGAGGAAGAGGAAGAGAAGGAGGAGGAGAAGGAAGAGAGAGUGAGGAAAGAAGAUGAUAAAGAGAAGGAAGAGAGGUUAAAGGAAAGGGAAGGAAUGAAGGGUGAUGGAAAGAGAGACAGAGAGAAGGAAGAUGAGAAUAAGGAUAGUAAGCAACAUCAAAAAGAGAAUGGGGAAGGAAGAGGUGACACAAGAGAAGAAAGCAAGGAGCAAAGAAGUGGGAGACUAGAGAAAGAUGAUGAAAAAUGUGAGAAAUGAACAGUUACACAGAAGUACAAAGGAGACUCAUAAUGAAUUUGUUAAAGUGAAUGAAUGUUUUUGUUAAAAAAGAAAGAAAAAAGACAAAUAAAAUGAAAAUAAUAAGAUAAAUUGUUUUUGGUAUUCCUCUUAAACAUGGCUUCAUGGAAAAGGCCAAGGAAAGAAAGAAAGAAAAAAAGAAAAAGAAAAAAAAGAUGCCAUCCCCUCAAAACAAAUUUUUAAAAAAUCCCCUCCAUUUAAAAGAAAAUUCUGCAUCGAAGAAUCAGUUGCACUUGUUGAAGCCAGGAGUACAUGGGUACAUACCCUGUCAACUGUAGUUUUGUGUAAUCAAUCUCGUUACACAUAGAUGGCUUCACUAACACUGAGUCGCCAAGGAGUCAAAUACUAAGCCUACUUUGCUGCACUGGUUUAGCCUCACAUGAAUUUUUAGGGAGAAAGUUUUUUUUUUUUUAU